CGCUUAAAAAUUUCUCUUGUACCGACCAAACUGAAUAUAAAUGCACGAAAUCAUUGUAAUAAAAAUUGAAGAUUAAAAUAAAUGGCCAGGUAGGGGCAAGAUCGAUUAGGUAAUGGAGAAUUUUGUGGUGGGUUUAUCGUUUUUUCGGUGCACUGAGAAGAUUCGGCAAGAAAUCCUCGAUCGUGGCAAAGGAAGAGCCGGGCACACGCGCGCCCGCCAUAUUGCAUAAGGCCAACAGGGCCCGUCAAAAAUGUUAAGCUGCGGCAAAGUUAUCGGACAAUUAUCGAAAAUCACAAGGCAUGCAUAUGCUAAUAAUAUUUAUCAACCUCUCAAGUAUGUAGGUAUUGUUAGUAUCAGUAACUUGAGGUAUAGUAGUGACACGAAGAAUAGAAGACCCAGUGGUACUACAUUAAAAGCUGAAGAAUGUGUUCCGGGAUCACAAUUUACAAAUGCACAGAAACCUUCACCAUUUACUGGUCCACCAUGUGAAGCUAAAACAGAUGGAUCGUGCCCAGCCUCAUGUUAUGCAGAUUGUGGAGUAGAAAACUCGCAAUCUAGAAAUUCGUCCAAAGGAGAUGGUCCUAACAAUCCUUUCAAGUAUUGGAAACAGAUACUUGUUGCGCUUUUUGUUGCUGGAGCUACAGUGUAUACGGUUAAAGAAUUAAAAUGGUUGAAUAUAGAUGAGAAGGUACAACAGAACACAGGAAAGAUAGGAAAAAAAGAAAAAGCGAAGAAACGAGAAAGAAAAACAAUAAAAUUACCAUCAGUUUCAAGUCAUAUACCAAACGAAAUACCUUACUUGUUAAUCGGAGGUGGAACAGCUGCCUUUUCGGCAUUUAGAUCUAUUAAAUCUAGAGAUCCCAAAGCCAAGGUUUUAGUUGUAUCUGAAGAAAGUGAUCUACCUUACAUGAGGCCACCCAUAUCCAAAGAACUUUGGUACAAUUCCGACAGGGAGGCAUCAGCUAUAUUAAAUUUUAAACAAUGGAAUGGCACUCAAAGAAGUUUAUAUUACGAGCCUUUAGAGUUUUAUACAGACGUGACUAGUUUAACUAACUCGGAUAAAGGCGGUGUGGCUGUAGCUAGAGGAUGGAAAGUAAAAAAAAUCGAUGUCGUUAACAAAACAGCCAUUCUCGAGGACGAUUAUCAAAUUAAAUACGACAAAUGUCUUAUUGCAACCGGUGCUUCACCAACAACUCUACCGGUACUUGAAACGGCAGAAGAUGCUGUAAAAAGAAAGAUGGUGCCGUUAAGGACGACCCAAGACUUUUUGGAACUAGAGGAGAACGUUCAUGAUCCCAAUGUUAAAAAUAUCGUUAUCGUUGGCGGUGGUUUCUUAGGAUCAGAACUUGCUUGUUCUCUCGCUCGAAAUUUGAACUUGGAAAAGAAGAAAAUUUAUCAGAUCUACAAGGAGAAAUCAAUAAUGGCUCAAGUUUUGCCUGAAUAUUUGAGCGAGUGGACGACGAGGAAGACAAUGACGGAAGGAGUGAAUUGCAUACCAAACGUCGAGAUACAAGAUUACAAUUUCAAAAAUGGGAAACUCUCCUUGAUCUUGACAAAUGGUCAAAUUAUUGACGCAGAUCAAGUAGUCGUGGCAGUGGGUGUUCAAGCAAAUACACAGUUAGCAGCAACGUCAAAUCUAGAAGUGGAUCCUAAGGUCGGUGGUUUCCUAGUGAACGCAGAGCUAGAAGCAAGAAGUAAUUUAUGGGUAGCAGGAGAUGCAGCUUGUUUCUAUGAUGUACGACUUGGCAGAAGAAGAGUGGAGCAUCACGAUCAUGCUGUGAUAUCUGGUAGACUGGCAGGUGAAAAUAUGACAGGUGCUGGUAAACCAUAUUUGCAUCAGUCAAUGUUUUGGUCUGAUUUGGGACCAGAUGUUGGGUACGAAGCAAUAGGCAUCGUAGACUCUUCGUUGCCAACUGUUGGAGUAUUUGUAAAAGCCACUGAAGAUGAUACACCCCUUGCAGCAGUGACAGCAUCCAACGAAAAUAUAAGAUCAGCAAGCGAAGAGAACGCACCAGCAGUAAAAUCCAAGGUUUUAAUCGAGACAGAACUAGUAGCUCAAAAAAUAUCAGAACCUGCCGAGGUGUUAGCUGACAAGAACAGUCAGGAUAAAACUAAUGAUAAAUCAUGUUCCGAGUCGACGGCACCACCUGCUCGCGCCAAACGCGAUGAGUUCGGUAAAGGAGUUAUCUUCUAUCUACGCGAUGAUGUCGUUGUAGGCAUCGUCCUCUGGAACAUCUUCAACCGCAUGUCCAUCGCCCGACAGGUUCUCGCGAGGGGUACACAAUACGAUGACUUGAAUGAGGUUGCGAAACUGUUCACCAUUCAUGAAGAUUGAUGAGACAGUUGAAUAAUGUCAAGUGUAUUACGUGUCUAUGACAAUAGGGUUGGUUCACUGUCUUGUAUAUAUUCGAGUUGUCUACCAGUCGAUUCCACAAUGCUUUUGAUAAAUGUAAAACAGAUGAUUGGAAGCACACAAAGAGAAAUAUAGAUGAGAUGUAUGGAUGACUUUUAGGAAAUAUAAUAAUUAUCGUAGAUGACAAUCCGUGCUCGAUUUUUCGACAAAGGAUUCGUGUUCAAGUGAACUUUAAGUGCAUAGGAACGUGCACGCUGCUUACAAUGUGCACUUGCAUUUAUUGCAAAUAUUUAUGUAACUACAUGGCUACAUGUGUGCAUCGUUCGGACGUAUAAUGUUAUUAGAGAUAACGAAGUAAUUCUAAAACUAUGGGAACAGUUGUGGCACGAUAUUGAUACGUGCUCUUAAUGUAUAAAACGAAAUCAUACAAUAAUCUAAGCUGAAGCCAAUGACACUAUACAAUCUUGUAAAAUAUAUUAUAGAAUUGUCAUAAAAGAGGUUGAUACAUUGUU